GCGGACAUUACUAAGAAUUAUAUUUAUAAGUGUAAUUACCACAACAUUGCGAUUACAUGAAAUUACGACAAAGAAAAAUAUCCUAUCGAAGUUAACUAAAUUAAAGCGCGGCAAAAUGGGAAAAAUUGCAGUCAGCAACUGAAGCGCAGAUUCCCAGAAUUAAUGAGAACUAAAGAAUUACAGCAGCAGCAGCAAGCUUACACACACACACACCAACAAAGCGAAUCAACUGAAGCAAAAACGUGGCUAAGUUCACUGCAUAAAAAUUCGUAGAAAGCCAAUUUAAGGCAAUAAUUGCGGCACACUGAAGCCCAUAAAACAAAGUCAAGAAUACGAAGCCAGUACACAGGACCUGCGAAAGACUACUACCACCCGCUUACAAAUACAAAGAACUGAAAAAGGAAUUGAGAAAUUUAAUACAAGUAUUCAUUACAAAGCGCUGUAAUGCCUAUGCAAUGACCAGAGCAAAAUCGACAACUGUAAAGAGUCAGUCCAAGCCAAGCAUAGAACAGCAAGAUUAAGUGGCUCUAAGGAAGACAGUGGCUUUUGACAUAGAAAACUUUUAUUUAAGAUUCUCGAAAGUCGUUUCUGAGCAGUAAAAAGCAGCGUUGCAGACAUGGCAGAAGGCGAUAAUUACGACGAUGAGUUGGUCUCCAGCAAUCCAAAUCAGCGGAAUUGGCGCGGCAUUUUCAUUGCGCUGUUGGUUAUAAUAAUUGUGCUGGCCUUAAUUGUCACUUCAGUGGUACUCCUCACACCACCCGAUGAGGGGCCGCGAGUCAAGGGGCAACGCAUCAAAUUGCAAGACAUUGUGGAUGGACUAUUUAUGCCACAGCGGUCGAAUGGCACAUGGAUUAGUGGCGAGGAAUUUCUCUACCAGGAUCAUUGGGGACGAAUUGUGCUAUUGAAUGCGCCCACUCUUACUGAGCGGGUACUCAUGUCGAAUGUGACGUAUAAAACACUUGCACCCUAUACAUUUACCCUCUCGGCUGACAAACGCUAUAUCCUACUGGCGCAGAAUGUCGUGAAACUCUUCCGGCAUUCAUUUCUAGCUCAAUACACAAUAUUCGAUAUACAAACGAGUGAAAGCAUCAAAUUGAAAAUCGAUGCACAUAGCGAUGAGUGGCCAUAUCUACACUACGCUCGGUUCGUAUCCACCCAAGCAGCUGGCAAUGACAAUGCAACCUCCUCUGCCGGAAAUGCGCUGGUGCUGGUCUACAACUAUGACAUCUACUACUGCCAGGGGCCGCGCUCCACCCAUCAUGUGUACCGUAUAACACGCGACGCUGUGCCCGGCAUCGUCUAUAAUGGCAUACCAGAUUGGCUCUAUGAAGAGGAAAUCCUGCACUCGAAUAAUGCAAUUUGGCUCUCGAAGAAUGGACACUUAAUGCUUUACGGCGCGUUCAAUGACUCGCUGGUGCAGGAGCAACAUUUCGCUUGGUAUGGCACGACAAGUGGUGGCAACCCGAAUGCGUAUCUGUAUCCGGAAAUCAGAUCAUUAAGAUAUCCCAAGCCAGGCACACAAAAUCCUAUAGUAAAGUUGCGCGUGGCCGACAUUAAAAAUCCGGAGGAUAUCCAAAUAAGAGACAUACAACCGCCGCAUAUACUGCUUAACGAAGAUCACUACUUCAGCAGCGCCGGCUGGGUGAGUGAAACGGAAAUCUGUGUAGUUUGGUUAAAUCGUCCACAAAACAUUUCGGUGGUCAGCAUCUGUAAGAGUCCAUUGUUUAUGUGCGUUGAGACGCAUCGCGUGAGCGGCGAUGGACGCGGUUGGGUGGAUACCAUUUCGGUGCCAUUGUUUGCAGCGAAUGCAACAUCCUAUGUUGCCAUAUCGCCAUUGCGUGACGGCACUUCCGGCUACUUCCGGCACAUUGUACACGUGCACGUGGCCAAAAAGCGUGUGCUACCACUAACACAUGGACAAUACGAGGUGAAUGAGUUGCUACAUUGGGACCAACUGAAUAAUUGGAUUUACUUUCUUGGCACACCGGAACGCCUGCCGGGACAACAGCACCUGUAUCGCGUGUCCGCUUUGCCACCGCGUCACGGCUCACCGCUCCAGCUGCCCGAUUGUCUAACGUGCCCAACGCAAUUGCGUAGUAGCAGCCAUGGCGCCGAGGUGCAUACGAAACCGCCACCAAAAUUAGUGACCGCCUGGGAUGAUGACUGGGAGGAUUCCGAGGAGCGUCAAACUUUGCCACCACCAACGCUCACACCGGAACACAAACGUCCGAAGGCAUCACAACACCAUACCGACGCCAAUGAAUGUCUCUACCAUACAGCCAAAUUUCCAUGGGUACUUGAAGCGCGUUAUGUGCUCAUUGAGUGCCUGGGUCCAGUGAUACCCACAUCCAGUGUUUAUGCGCUAGCUCGCGUUUAUGGCGAAAUGAACGAUAAGAAAUCCAUGCCAGAGAAAUCUGUAGGAAUGGAAUUGCUCGUGACAAUACAAAACAACACGCGUCUGAAGGAGAAAAUGUUGCGCACUGCUCUGCCGCAGGUGAAAACAUUCCCAGUCAUGAUAUCGGGUGGUUACCAUGCGCAGGUGCGUCUCUACCUGCCGCCAGUGUUACGCGAGGAUGAGAUCACGCGUUAUCCCACGAUUUUGCAUGUGUACUCCGGUCCGGGCACACAAUUGGUGACGGAGAAAUGGCACAUCGAUUGGAAUACUUAUUUGUCGGGGACGAAGGAUUACAUUGUGAUUGAAAUCGAUGGGCGUGGUUCAUCGGGACAGGGCUAUCAAUUGCUACAUGAGAUCUACAAGCGACUCGGCUCCGUUGAGGUGUCCGAUCAGUUGGAAGUGAGUGAAUAUCUGCGUGAUAAUCUGCAUUUCAUCGACGGACGUCGCAUGGGUGUUUGGGGUUGGAGUUAUGGCGGUUAUACAGCCGCACUCGCGCUUGCCGGUACACAAUCGAUAUUUCAGUGCGGCAUUAGUGUAUCGCCGGUGACGAAUUGGAAACUUUAUGAUUCCACUUAUGCUGAACGCUACUUGAGCUUCCCGAAUGUGACUGAUAACUACAAAGGCUACGAGGAAGGGGAUCUCUCGAAGUAUGUCGAUAAUCUGCGCGAUCGUCAAUUCCUAUUGGUGCACGGCACCGCCGAUGACAAUGUGCACGUGCAACAAUCUAUGGUGUUGGCACGUGCGCUCACCAACAAAGGUGUACUCUAUAAGCAACAAAUUUACCCUGAUGAAGGACACAGUCUGGCGGGCGUUAAAAGGCAUCUCUAUCGCUCAAUGACGAGUUUCUUCGAGGAUUGCUUUAAAAAGCUGGUACCGCCCGAAUCAAAAGCUGGCCUUGGAAACGGUGGUGGUAGUGAUAUACAACAGCAAUAAAGUUACGAAUAUGCUUUAAUAUUGGUUAAUUUAAAUUGAAUGCAGUGACGC